AUGUCUCAUCCCCAUACCACACCUGAAUAUCGGCUUGCCCGUUCAGACUCGAAAAACCCAGCAACGACAUGCUGGGGCCUGAGGGCUGACGGGCAGAAGUGCCGUCGGACUGUGGCCUCAGCCAAAUCAUCCCCUUCUGCUCGGGCAUCAAAAGGAGCGAUUCCGGGCACCGGAGGAAUUGGCAAUGCCUCCACGGUUGUAUUUUGCUGGCAGCACAAGGACCAGGAGGUUCAUGUCCCCCAGGUCUUAACGGGAUCGCCUAAGCACCCUGCUUCAAGUCUGAGAGCACGAUCCAGUAUUGAAACUUUGGUAGAGAGAGUUGGAUUGCUGGAUGUUGGCGAUCAACCCCGCGCCGCUUCGGCGGGGAACGUGUUUGACACAGCUUCUGCACACGGAAAGCCUGCCAAAAACUCCCUUGGCUCGAGGCUGCCCCCAGACGGGCAUGGCCUCCAGCGCCGUGGAACAAGAAGGCAUUCAAUGGAUUCUCCAGGGGACCUGAUGUUCCAAGUGAAUAAUGCAUCCAUAAGUCCCGCAGAGCCAAGACCCGGUUUAUUCCAGUCUUCAACGAAAUCAAGGAGAAAGCCCAACGUUGGAGGAAAACUUGUUCGUUUUAUUAUGGGAAUGGGUAAAGAUGAAGAUAUCGUCAUUUCGAGAGUGCGACAUCCUCGCACGCCUUCAGACUACAAAUCACGAACUUCCAAUCCAUCUGCUCCACCGCCAGCUGUUCAUACCCCGCCUCAAUCCACAGAUGCCAUUCAUGAUGGGAGGCAUUACCGCCCGUCCCGCGUAUCUGAUGGUCAUGGAUUUUCGCCCCUCGCAGUGCCUCAACCGGCAACUCCGGAGCGCCGACCUCGAACCAGCCCACAAUAUCUAUCACCUUCACCAGGUAUAUUGCAUCAGCCACAGCCAAAAACCAGUCCUUCCUCUACUCUGUCAGACACAGAAGCGCUUCUAUCUUGGAUACCCAAGUAUCUCUCUCCGAUUACCAUAUCCACCCUUCUAAAAGAGCUAUGCGAACCAAUAUCCAACGCAGAAGAACCGGGAUAUAUUUAUAUGUGCUGGGUAACAUCACAAGCGCAAGCCACUUCCCCACCACCAGCGGAGAUCGCUUCCUCACUCCUCCUCUCAUCACCCAGCGGCGGCAUUGGAAGAAGAAAUACAGGCGAAAUCAUGCGUUCCGUUGGCGUUUCUCCAAACAAAGUACAUGUCCCGCAACAGAACAGCGCCACAGACACCAUCACCCUGAAGAUCGGCCGCGCGGCCAACGUCCACCGCCGAAUGAAUCAGUGGAAGGAGCAGUGCGGGCACAACCUCACUCUUAUGCGGUAUUAUCCGCAUGUGGCUUCGUCGCCAUCCGUGCAUCCGGGGGCACCGAUACCGCCUCGGAAGGUACCUCAUGCGCAUAAAGUAGAGCGGUUGGUGCAUCUGGAGCUGGCGGAUAGAAGGGUCAAGCUGCAGGAACCUUGCAGUCGCUGUGGGAGGAAGCAUAAGGAAUGGUUUGAGAUUAAGGCCGAUAGGGAACAGCUAAGGACGGUCGAUGCAUGCGUGAGGAGGUGGGUGGAGUGGAGUGAGCAGGUGAAGAGGAAAAUGGGCUGA